AUGUCCGGAAAGCAGAAGAUUGGCAACUACACCGUGCUGCAGACCCUCGGCGUCGGGUCCUUUGGCAAGGUCAAGCUGGCCGUGCACUCGCAGACAGGUCACAAGGUGGCGCUAAAGAUCAUUGGGCGCAGCAAGCUGGCGCACUCGGACAUGAUCGGGCGGGUCAACCGCGAGAUCCAGUACCUGAAGAUGUUGCGGCAUCCGCACAUCAUCAAGCUGUACGAGGUCAUCACCACGCCCACCGACAUCAUCAUGGUCAUCGAGUAUGCUGGCGGCGAGCUCUUCAACUACAUUGUCGAGCGCGGGCGCAUGGCCGAGAAGGACGCGCGGCGCUUCUUCCAGCAGAUCGUCUCGGCCGUCGAGUACUGCCAUCGCCGCAACAUUGUGCAUCGCGACUUGAAGCCCGAGAAUGUGCUUCUGGAUCCAUACAAUAACGUCAAAGUGGCUGAUUUUGGCUUGUCCAAUAUCAUGAAGGACGGCGAGUUCCUGCAGACGUCGUGCGGGUCACCCAACUACGCGGCUCCCGAGGUCAUCAACGGCAAGCUGUACGCGGGCCCUGAGGUCGACGCGUGGUCGUGCGGAGUGAUUCUGUAUGUGAUGCUGUGCGGCCGCCUGCCAUUCGACGACGACCACAUUCCGGCGCUGUUCAAAAAGAUCACAUCCGGCAUCUUUACCAUGCCUGGCUUCCUGUCACCGGGCGCCAAGCAAGUUCUGUCGGGACUCCUGCAGGUCGACCCGCUCAAGCGCAUGUCGCUGUCGCAGGUGCGCCAGCAGCCAUGGUUCAUCACUGACCUGCCCGAGUACCUGAAGCCGCUGCCCGAGAGCACCGACAUUGAGUCGCUGGCACGCCUGGACGAGUCGAUUCUGGGUGAGCUCGAGAAGCAGCUCGAGAUGACACGCACGUCGCUGGUCAAGCAGCUGCGGCAGCGCGGCACCAACCCUGCCAAAGUCGCGUAUCAGCUGACUCUGGAUAAUCGCCACAUGCUUGAGCAGAGCCGACACUCGAACACCCAGGGGAUCCGCAACUUUGCGCUGGCAUCAUCACCACCCGCCGCCUUCAACGCCGCCAUCGACCUACGCGAUAGCACCGGCACUGCAUCGUCAUCGCCGCUGGCAAACAACCCCAACGACGAUGACGACGGGACGCCGUCGAGCAUCGCUAUUCUGGGCUCCAGUCUGCCGCGCUCCGCUGGCCACACGCUCGAAUCGCAAAUCGAUGAGACGCCGCCGGCGCGUAAGCCCACGGUGAUGCGCAAGCGGGCGAAGCUGACGCGUACACGCUGGCAUUUCGGCAUCCGGUCGCGGUCGCCGCCUGCCGACGUCAUGGCUGAGGUCUACCGGGCGCUGCUGCAGCUGGGCAUGAAGUGGAAGCACUUCAACCCCUACCACCUGCGUGCCAUGUAUGUCGACGCGCAGGGCCGCCAGGUCAAGAUCGACCUGCAGCUGUACAAGCUCGACUCGCGUGACAACUACCUGGUCGACUUCAAG